AUGGUUUUGUCCAGUAUCAUCAAGUCGUCUCUUUUACAAGCUGAAAAAGGAGGAAUAUCCAUAGGCCCAGAUGUGAUGGAAAUAGCAUCACAGCCUCAGAAGAAGAAAUUAUGGCGCUUACCAUUUUCAGUCAGAGAAGCUGUUUCAGAGGAACUUAGAAAACUAGUUCAAAAUGACAUUAUUGAAGAGAAUAAUUUCUCAGAAUGGGUUGCACCUAUAGUAGUGACUCAGAAGAAGGAUGGGGGCAUUCGCCUUUGUGUGGACUUAAGGGAGCCAAAUAAAGCUAUUGUAAUUGGAAGCCAUAUUCUUCCUCACAUAGAAGAAAGAAAUCACAUGGAAAAUGUAGAGUGGAAAAAUGAAACAACCAUCACAGAAUUCAUCCUAUUGGGAUUUGGAGAUCUCCAGGGACUGCAGACCCCUCUCUUCCUGCUGUUCCUAGUGAUCUACAUUGUGACCAUGGCUGGGAACAUUCUCAUUGUGGCCCUAGUUGUGACUGAUCAGCAGCUUCACACCCCUAUGUACUUCUUCCUGGGAAACUUGUCCUGCCUGGAGACCUGCUACAUCUCCACUAUCCUGCCCAGGAUGCUGGCCAGUUUCCUGACUGGGGACAGAGCCAUUUCCUUUAACGGCUGCAUCACACAACUAUCCUUCUUUGUAUUCAUGGUGACUGCAGAGUGUUUACUCUUAUUACUCAUGUCUUAUGACCGCUACUUAGCAAUAUGCAAUCCCUUGCAUUAUGCAGCACUUAUGAGCAAGAGGGUUUGCAUCCAGAUAUUCACUGUGAUAACUUUUAUGAUGGUCGGGUUAACAUUCUGUGGUCCCAACAAAAUUGACCAUUUCUUUUGUGAUUUCUCCCCGAUGCUCAAACUCUCCUGCAGUGACACCAGCCUGAUUGAACUGGUGGAUCUAAUCCUGUCAUUUGCAAUUAUACUUCCUACCCUCCUGUUAACCCUGACAUCCUAUGUUUGCAUCAUUGCCACCAUUCUGAGAAUCCCAUCCACCACUGGGAGGCAAAAGGCCUUUUCCACCUGCUCCUCUCACCUCAUUGUAGUUGCUACUUUCUAUGGGUCACUCAUUAUUAUUUACAUGGCACCAAAAGCUGGCACUGCAGGAGACCUGCGCAAAGUGUUCUCUGUCUUCUACACAGUCCUGACACCCUUGUUCAAUCCUCUCAUCUACAGCCUGAGAAACAAAGAAGUCAAAGAGGCCUUGAAGAAAGCUGGAGGCAAAUUGGCUGCUUUGAUAAGGGGCUGA